AUGGGAUCAGAGAACAGGCAGCAGGAGACCAGCUUCCCCUCUUCUUCCCAUGCUUUGCUUGCUGUGGCUGGGUGGAGUAGAGGGAAAGAGAAAAAGAAGAAUAACUUCUUUGCUGCCAGUUCUCAAUCCCACACAGAGAUCACAAGGAAUAAUCCCCUUUAUAUGAACUGCCAGCUGCCUGGGAGAUCUGAUUGCCUCCUGCUGCUGCUGCUGAAUGGCUGCCUAGCCAAGAUGGAUGGAUCUGAAGAACUAGCAUUGUUCAAGUCCUUUCUGGAGAAGUCUGAUAUUAAAAGAUCCUUUCGAAAUGGGGUUGGAUCAGGAAUUAAAAAAACCUCCUUUCGUAGAACCAAGUUAUAA